ACAAAAAGGGUCAGAAAGAGCUAUGUUUCUCAUGGAAUAUGCACUUAAUCAAGAUAUCAACAUUCCACUGCAAAGCUAGCAUCAGUGAGGAGGGCAGUACUUAGACGGAAAGCAGGAAUACAGUACAAUAACAUUCUUUAGGUUGUGUGCUUAUGGAGAGACUGAUGGAGCUCUAACCCAUUGACACGUCCCCUUUGCUGAUUCAUUGAACUGCUUUUACACAGAGGGAAGGAAGCAAAAUCUUUCCAGUUUCCAGCUGCAGAACAGAGCACAGCACAGCUUUGUGACUGUACGAAACAACCAAGGCACCAUGAAGUGGAAUUUAUUCAUCCAUCUAAUUGUCUCUUCGUUUGCAAUAAAUUUGGUUCAUGGGCAGUGUCCAAGCGAUUGUAUAUGUCCUAGGCCUGGCCAGGUGGAUUGUUCUGGACCAGACAUCUUAGUGAUUCCGGAUAACAUUCCUCAGAACAUCAGAACACUGCAGAUAGUCAACACUGAAGUUACAGAGCUACCAAAUGGCAUUCUUCAGAACAUGACUGCCUUAUUGAUUUUAAGGAUUGAAAAAAAUGAACUUUCUACCGUUGGAUCCACAGCAUUUCACAACCUAAUAUCUCUCCGAUAUCUCAGUCUGGCAAACAAUAGACUACAAGAAUUGCAUGGCAAUUUGUUUAAAGACUUGGCAAAACUGGAGACACUUAUUUUGUCUAACAACCAAAUCAAUCAGAUCCAUCCUUCACUGUUUACAGCACUGAGUAAUGUGAAAGAUCUUCAGUUGCUGGGGAACAACCUGGAGUCCAUACCAGUAGGAGUUUUUGACCAGAUGAGUGGGCUUCUUAAACUAAAUUUAGCUAAAAACAAUAUCAGAUACUUACCUCCUCAAGCUAUGGACAAUCUCGCUAAACUUCAAACCCUUCGACUGUAUGAAAACCAGCUGCAAGAUAUUCCAGCAGGCUUCUUAAAGAAACUUAGCAGCCUUCAGGAAGUUGCAUUACAUAGCAAUAAAAUCAACACACUCUCUGCAGAUACCUUCUCCGGGAAUCCAUAUUUACAGAGAGUGUUCUUAUCAAACAAUGAGGUUGAAACACUGCCACAGGGUAUAUUUCUGAAUUUACCUGAGAUCACCAAGUUAACACUAUAUGGAAAUGCGCUAAAAGAGCUUAACUCAGAAGUAUUUGGUCCUAUGCCAAAGCUGAAAGAACUCUGGCUUUAUGAUAACCAACUUGAAGUACUUACAGAUAAUGUAUUCAGUAACCUUACAGAGAUAGUUCUGCUAGUUAUAAGUAAGAACAGAAUCCACUCCAUCUCCACUCAUGCUUUUUAUGGACUGAAAGAACUUCAGGAGCUUUCACUGCACACCAAUAUUCUUACAACUUUGGACCAAGAUGUUCUUAAAUGUUUACCUAAGCUGCAGAAUAUUUCUCUUCAUAGCAAUAAAAUUGAAUAUCUCCCAGGUGCCCUCUUUAAAAACAUGGACACUGUAAUGAACAUACAGCUGCAAAACAACUCAUUGGAGAAUAUUCCAGAUGGCUUUUUUGACUCGUUGGUACAGCUACACGAAGUCAAACUUUAUGAAAAUCCAUGGAAAUGUGACCACAAUCUCCUCUCUCUAAAAAACUGGAUAUCUGAAAACAUGAAUAAACUUGGCAACCAUAGUCAACUAGUCUGCACCAACCCACCUUUCAAUGGUUACCCAAUUUCUGAACUAAGCGAGCAGCAGUUAACAUCGCAGGAUUUUACAGAGGAACCAGAUUUGUUCCAGUCCACAUCCAACUAUGAUACAAGUAGUCCUGAAAAAACAUAUCAUACUGCCACUAUGCCCAGCCUUACAGAUACCACAAUGAGUCACGAUUCAGAGGAUGUUUCCAUAGCGGAUGAAACACUUGUGCCAGAUGAUGACGCAAAAGACAAUGGUAGAGUUAAAAUGACGGGAGGCGUUGUAAUCGCAAUAAUAGUUUUGUGCUGCAUAGCACUUGUGGCUGCUGCCAUUGCUUGCAUACUAUUCAACAGAAGGAAGAAAAGCCAUGUGGUUCUUAUGAGAAUGAAACAACAGAAUGAAUCGAAUAAAAAUGGUGAAUGUUAACAAUGCACUGCUAGUGUGCUAUUUCCUUAAGGAAACAAGUUGUUUUGGUAUACUAGGAAACAAAUGAACUAUUACACUAGGAAAUUAGUAUUUCCUUUUAUUCUCUGUGUUUUACAAUUGCUGAUAGUGGGCUCUGGUUUGUGUGCCAGCAAGGGUAUUGUUUAUUUUGCUGUUGAAAAGUCCAAGAUGACUAUAGAAGAAUGACAUAUAUAAGGGUAUUUUAUUGCAAAUGCCUAUGAGCUUCCUGUUGGGUUUUUACACUUAUGCAUAAUAAGCAGGUAUAUCAUCAGCGUGAGAGCAUCAAGGGACCUUAAUGGGUGCUAAUUAGCUUAGACUUGAUCCCAUAGUAUAUCUCAUGUACUAGUUUUCAAUUAGGCCCAAAAUAAUGUCCAAAAUAAAAAUGGUGAUAUGAGAUAAAUGAUGUCAAUAGCAUAAAAAACUAGCACACAGUGUAACCAUGUUCUUUGCACAUUUUAUUGCAUAGUAAAUUAUAAUGGAGAUACCUGUUUUUUGCAUUAAAACGUUAUAUUACAGUCACUGCUCACUACCAUAAAAGACAAUUUUCUUCUUAUUUUCCAUUGGGAGUUGAGUCGCAAUGUGAUCACAAAGUAAGCAGAGUGGAAAUUGUUAGCAUUGGACAUGUUUUCACCCAUUAACUACACAUCUGAGUAUAUUUCUAAAUCUAGCAUUAAGAAGCUUUGUGAUAAUUUGGAUUUAUCGCCCAUUGUGGGAAGCUACUUUAUAAGAGAAAAUGAUAACUCUGGGAAAUGAUAAAUAAUUGUGCAAAUGAUACAUACUAUGAUAUAUAUAUUGUAUUUUGCAUUUAUUUAUAAUAUAUCCAUCGGCAUCAAGGCAUUGUUAGAUAUUCUUCGCUGCAAAAUACUUUAAGUGCGUCUUCUGAUUUCUGUGCAGUUAUCAAGAUUUAUAACAAUCCUUUGGAUUAAUGUAAUGAAAGAUGCAAUGUUUUCCCAGGUCUGGGGACCCACGUUAACUGCCCAGUAAGUGCAACUAAGUGCCUUGACUUUGCAACUUGUAUUACAUUACCUCCAAUGUAUGUAAAUAUUUUCAGUAUUAUAUAAAUCUUUUAUAGCCCAUCGUGUGCAUAUGACUGUUAUUUUUAGGAUGUCAUGAACUAGUUUUGUACUGAACAAUCCUAUAAUAAAUUUUAUACAUUUUUAAUAAACUAUAGCAACAACAGGAAUGGAUGUAUUGAUGGUGGCUUAGUGGUGUCACUAGUAACUAUGAAACAACGCCACUUUGUAGUAAUUUUGACCUCUAAGCCAUACCCAAAAUUACCCUCAUGUGCCAGUACCCUUUACAGUUAGGUAAGCCAUUUUUGAUAAUGGGGGGGUCUAGUAUUAACCAAAGUCGAGACACCCUGAAUGAUGAGUGGGUUUUUAUUGAGGGUUUGUUCUUAAGGCCCCCAUGCACGGACUGAUAAAAGCUGCCGACAGACCGAGUCGGGGAGAGAUCCGCUCAUUUGGUGUUGUCACCAAACAAGCAGAUCUCCCUGUGUAUGGCAACCUUUAUACACAGGGAUGUAAUGUAUAAUGGGAAAUGUACACCAGCUCUGUGCAAACUAUGUUUUAAACUAGGAAUAUAUCCAUAUAUUGAUAUAUAUAUAUAUAUAUAUUACUCAUGCUGGGAUGCUAUAUAGUAGUGAUUUAUUUCAAGCAAAUUAUGAAGUGGAAAUGAUUUAACCCUCCAAAUCCCUAAAUGUUAGCCAUCAGGGACACUACAGGCUACACAAACUCAAACUAUUGGGAAUAGUCUUGCAUGUAUCCACUUUUACAUCUGAGUCACUGAGACUAUCCCCAUAAAGAAUAAAAAUUAAUUAUAAUUAUAAAAAAUUAUAAAACCACAAAAGCAUAUUUUUGGUGAUGUCAAUGUUAUUGUUAUGGUAUCCAUACCAGCCAUAAGGCAGAAGAGCCUUUCCUACCGCAGGCAUUCCAUGGGCUGUAAGAACAAAUGAAGUAGAAGUACACUGGAAGUAUCAAGCUGGCACAGGUUGAAGAGCAGGGUUGGGAAGCAAAGGCUAACUCAAAAUAAAAAGGAAUGGAAACCACUAAUCAUAGACAUUUCUCCACAAAAAGGUACAUAAAUAUUGUUUUGGGUGGCGGUUUACUUUUCAGAAAGUACCUCUAAUACAGUUUUCUACACAUGUAUACAAGGUAAAACCAUUUAAAUGGCAUUUUACAUGUCCCUUUGCUAGAUCUGACUUUUGUGGAUCGAAUACAAAUCUGACUACAUUAAUGUAAGUACUGUGCGGCAACUGCAUUUGUUAGUCAUAUGUAUUGUUACCUCUGUUUUUAAAUAAAAGUCUGAAUUUUUAA